UUCUUUUUUCUUACAUUUUACAUUUUUCUUCAUAUAUACUGGAAUACGACGACUCAAUGACUGUCACUGCCGGAAAUUUUCCUUCCGUAGUCGUAAUACUUCUCUCAGUUUAGAGGGAUAUUUUUUCUUUUCUUUUUUUUUACCAGUUUGUUCUACUGGGAAUUUCGGUUUCACACUUGUUUUCUCUCACUGAGAAAAACUCGAGGAGUUUUCUUGUUGGGGCAGUGGUCAAGGUACAAUGUUCAACGAAGCUGGCUUAAGAAGCUUAGGGGAGGAUGUUGGUUCGAGGUGGACGAUCGGUAACCGGAAAUUGGAUGGUAAAUCUGUUGCCAAUGCGAAUUCGGGGAAAGCUGGUCAUUGUUUUGGACUCGGGAGUGCUCCUCCGUUUUUCUCAGCCAAAAAACCGGCGAGAGGUAGUAACAAUGGUGGCUCAAGUUCAGACAUGGACAUUGUUUCUAAUUCAGAUGAAGAGACAGACGAGAGGCACCACUCACCUCAACGAUCUCCUCAAGAUUAUAAUACUCAUGUUGGCUUGCCUCACUUGUAUCAAAUGGCUGCUCAAAACGGACAUGGGCGUAAUGGUGUAAAGGCCUUUGGUUUUGGUGUAGAUGACUUAUCAGACUCAGCUACAAGCACAGAAGUUUCAUAUGAAGCAGAAGCUUGUGGUGUGAGGAACAAUACAUCUACGCGUAAUGAAGGUGAAACAAGAAGAAAUGUUGAGGCUGGAACUUCAGGAAGGACCCAGAACGGGACUAGCACUUCGAUGAGUUCAUUGGCUCCCCGUUUCCCAACUUUUCACGCAAGUGAGCAGGGUCCAUGGUCUGCGAUGAUUGCCUAUGAAGCCUGUGUGCGGCUAUGUCUUCAUUCAUGGUCAAUGGAUAGUGUCAGUGAGGCUUCUUACUUCCUGAACAACGAAUGCACCAUAAUCCGAAAUGCAUUUAGUUUGGAGAAAUUUUUCCUUCAAUCUGAGGAAGAGUUACUGGGAAAGGGACCUUCUGAGUGUACCGAGACAUCGGCUCCAAAAGCAAAGAAAACUAUUGGAAAAAUUAGACUCCAAGUUCGUAGAGUUAAAAUGGGAUUAGAACCACCACCUGGCUGUAACAUUGCAUCACUAACCAACAUUGCAUCACUAACGGUCUCCAAGGAAAAGCUCGAAGUUGUUCGUCACCAUAUUGCGGAACUAAAUCUGACUUUAUCUUCUGGAUGGAAAGCAGCUAAGAAAGUUCAUGUCACUCCUCAAGUUCCUCUAAAUGGUUCACUUUCGCGUCAAAGUUUGGCUUACCUGCAGGCAGCUGCUCGCUACCUUAAACAGGUCUCAAAGGCCUUUAAAAAAGAAAUGGUUACAUCACACACUGGACCGCAAACUUAUGAAGCAGUACAAGAAACAUUUUCUUGUUCAUUGAGAUUAAAGAGCUCUGCUGAAGAAGACCAAAUUAAGACGCAACCUGGAUCUGGCGAGGCUUUUAUUUUCUUACCAGAUAAUCUUGGUGAUGAUUUGAUCAUUGAAGUUCGAGAUUCGAAGGGGCAACUCCUUGGUCGUGUUGUAGCUCAGCUAGCAGCUAUAGUUGAUGAUCCGACCGAGAAGCUGCGGUGGUGGCCAAUAUAUCACGAACCAGAGCAUGAACUUAUUGGGAGAAUCCAGCUUUAUCUAAGUUACUCAAGCAGUCUAGAUGAAAAAACUAAGUGUGGGUUGGUGGCAGAAACUUCAGCGUAUGAUAUUGUCCUAGAGGUGGCUAUGAAAGCAGAACGAUUUCAGCGAAGAAAUUUAGUGUUUAAGGGCCCAUGGCACUGGCUGAUUACUCGAUUCGCAUCCUAUUUUGGGAUUUCAGAUGCGUACACAAGAUUAAGAUAUCUCUCUUAUGUCAUGGAUGUCGCAUCGCCUACCAAGGACUGUCUUGAUCUGAUACAUGAAUUUCUAUUCCCUAUUAUAAUGAAAAGCAACCACAAGGCUGUAUUGAGUCAUCAAGAGAAUCGGUUACUGGGGGAAAUUGACGAACAAAUUCAGCAGAUUCUUGCUUCAGCAUUUGAGAACUAUAAAUCACUUGAUGAACUGUCUUUCUCCGGGAUGAAAGAUGUUUUUGAGUCUGCUACAGGGACUCCAGCCCCGGCGAUAGAAUCAGCUGUCAAGCUUUAUGGUCUUCUCAACGAUGUAUUAACCCCUGAGGCACAGCUGAAACUUUGCAGAUACUUUCAGGCUGCUUCAAAGAAGAGGUCCACGAGGCAUUUAUUGGAAACAAACGAUUUACUUAACAACCGUAGUGAAGGUGUUGCACAAGUUGAUCCCAUGGCACUUCCAGCUUCUUAUCAGAAGAUGAAGUCUCUAAUCUUGAGCUUUAAGAAUGAAAUAUCCACUGACAUAGCGAUCCAUAACUGCAAUGUGCUCCCAAGCUUUAUAGACCUUCCAAAUCUAUCAGCGGCAAUAUAUAGUGUUGAUCUCUGCAAUAGGCUCCGGGAAUUUCUUCUCGUAUGGCCUCCUCCUGGACCAUCACCUGCGGUUGUUGACCUUGUUAUCACAACUGCUGACUUUCAGAGAGAUAUCUCUAGCUGGAACAUAAAUCAUAUUAAAGGUGGUGUUAACGCCAAAGAGCUUUUCUAUUCAUAUAUCACAAGCUGGAUUGAAGAGAAAAGACGCGUUUUAUAUGAACUCUGCAAGCUAGAGACGGUAAAAGCAUGUGGCGAGAUUCCGGGAUUGACUUCUCCUUUUGUUGAUGAGAUGUAUGAGAGACUCAAUGGGACACUUGAUGAAUAUGAUAUUAUCAUUAGGCGUUGGCCAGAAUAUGCAAUAUCCUUGGAGAAAGUUGUAGCAGAUGCGGAGAAGGCAAUAGUUGAAGCGAUGGAGAAACAGUUUGCUGAGAUUUUAUCUCCGUUAAAGGAAAGUAAGAUCUUUGGGCUGAAAAUUGUCCAGAAAUUCACCAAAGGCACACCUAACCCUUACUCUGCUCCAAAAGAGCUUGGAGUUCUUCUGAACUCGAUGAAAAGAGUGCUUGACAUUUUACGGCCGAGUAUAGAGAACCGGUUCAAGUCUUGGAAUUCUUAUAUCCCUGACGGAGAAAACAGAGUAUUGGGAGAGCGGUUAAGUGAGGUUACAGUAUUGUUAAGAGCCAAAUUCAGAAGCUAUAUGCAAGCUCUCGUGGAGAAGCUCGCUGAGAAUACGAGGAUACAAAGUCACAUGAAGCUAAAGAGCAUCAUCCACGACUUAAGGGAAACAACAGCAGAACCGGAUGUUAGAAACAGAAUGAUGGCAUUGAAAGAUGUGCUAGACAAAACCAUCAAUCAUCUACACGGUGUUUUCUUACCAGAUGUAUUUGUGUCGGUCUGUAGAGGAAUCUGGGACCGAAUGGGACAGGAUGUGCUUCGUCUGUUGGAAGAUAGGAAAGAUAACGUGACUUGGCACAAAGGCCCGAGAAUCGCAGUUUCUGUUUUGGAUGAAAUCUUUGCAACACAAAUGCAAAGUCUGUUAGGGAACGCUCUCAAGGCCGAGCACUUGGAGCCACCGAGAUCAAUGAUGGAACUCAGGUCUAUGCUAUGUAAAGAUUCUACAGACUACCGAGAAGGAGGCUACAACUACUAGUAGUACCAGACACGUGAACCGGUGAAGAAUCUGGUUCUUACGGUUUUUUGUUAUACCUGCAAAGUCACCUCUGGUUCAUUAGUAUAUGGUGAAAUUUUGGCCUACAACUUUGAACCAAGCAAUUUAUGUAAUUAGCAAAAACAAAAACAAUUAAACAAAUAUAGCGGUUACCAUUACAGUAGUAACGAAAGUUAGA